UAUAUGGAAGUUUCGAUUCUCCAUGUGAAAACUGACCUCACACACACACAUUUCACUGCACUUUAAUUAACAGGGGAGCUGCUUUCUCUACUGCUUCCUAUCAUCUAAGUGUAGAGGCACACGUGACGUCACUAAUGUGGGACCUUGAGCCAUCAAAUCGGAGGUUCAGAUUUUCGUGUCUAAUACAUCACUUCCGUUUGGACCUUCAUUUUUACGUUUCCAACCGCCAGGUUCACAUGAACGAUGGUUCAGUGCAAUGCAAUUAUUUCAUAAUAUCGAAUUGAUAAGCACGUGGUUCGCGGCCAAUCUACCUUACUAGUUAGGGUUGUUAAUAUCUUAUCAGGUAGUUGCACUACGGUUCUAUCGUUAGUUGCUGAAGAAGUGCGAUUGUAAGAGAAAACGUUUUGUUCUACAUGGGAGUUUUGUUAGUGAUUCGUAAUCGUCAAAGAGGUCGACCCCGUGAACUAAUAAAUACCCAGUAAGGCUAUGAUAAUUUCCAAUUGUGGUGAUCUAUAACUCUAUCAGUUAAUACAGGAAAGCUUUUUAAUAACGUUAACUAAAUACUGAUAGGAAUAAUAAGGACAGGUAUUUCCUGAUAAUGAUAAUUAUUGCUAUUGCUUUUGACGUUCUGGAUAGAUACGAAAGUAGAAUCAACUUCUAUAAAUUCUCUACCGAGUUAAUUAAAAACUCUUCGUCAUCAUGCCAUACCACGAAUGGGAAUUGUUACGAAUGAACUAUGAUACCACACUCCACACGAACAGAAAGGAUCUUUAACAUGAUAAGCCGCUACUAGUUUGGAGUGUACAAUAACACCAAACGUUUCGUUUAAACAUUUCCGAUGAAGAUGGAUUUGGACGAUGUAUUACCGCACAUUGGGAAGUUCGGGCUUUACCAGCAGCUCAUGUACUUCAUUCUAUGUAUACCAGCAAGUAUUCCAGCCGUCUUUACAUUGUUUAACGUGGUCUUCAUAUCGGCCACUCCAGAGCAUUGGUGUCGAGUUCCAGAGACUGACUUUUUGUAUCAAAUGACGCCCAAUGAAAGGAAAAGCUUAAGUAUUCCUCUAGAGAAACGGGACGGUCGUGUCCAACACAGCAGGUGCAAAAUGUUUGACGUUAACUUCACCCAAGUAGUUUAUGAUGCUCUUUCUCAAGGUUUGAAACCCGUAGCUGACCCUAACUGGCCGAAGACGACCUGCCACCACGGAUGGGUAUACGAUCGAGAAGUGUUUGAAAACACUCUAGUAUCAGAGAUGGACGUCGUAUGCACCGAGAGUUGGAAACCUACCUUAGCCACUUCUCUUUUCUACGCAGGUAGCUUAUUUGGAAACAUAUUGUUUGGAUACAUCGCAGACAAAUUUGGAAGAAAAAUAUCGUUUUUGGCCAUAGUUGUCACCAAUGUCUUGUUGGGAAUUAUCGCCGCUUUUCCGUCCAACUACACUGCGUACAUCGUCUACCGGACUUUGAUAGGAUUCACAUUUCCUUCUAUAUUUCAGAUUCCCUUUAUAAUGGGGUUGGAACUGAUGAGCCCAGACAAGAGGACUUUCAGUGGGAUAGUAGUCUGUGUGUUUUUCGCCUCGGCCAUGGCUUUACUCGCAGGAAUUGCGGCCGCCGUUAGGGAAUGGUUUAAAUUAUCGUUAAUCACAUCUGUACCAUUUAUAUUCCUAGUAGCCUAUUGGUGGAUUAUACCAGAGUCACCUCGUUGGUUGCUUAGCAACAACAGGAUCGACGACGCUGAAGUAAUUAUUCAAAAAAUUGCCAAAGUUAAUAAGAAGGAAAUACCUCCUAAUUUUAUCAGGACGUUUCUUGAAGAAUGGAAGGACGUAAACAGUAAGGUGAUGGACGACGAGUCCAAAACAUCUAUUUUAGACCUCUUCCGGAACAGAAACCUUUGUAAAAAAGUGGUCAUCGUGAGUUUUGUGUGGGUGGUAAAUGCUGUUGUCUACAGUGGACUUUCUUUGGGAGCGUCUCAACUAGGAGUCAACGCCUACCUAGCUUUUGCCAUCUCUUCCUUGGUAGAAAUACCUGCAGACUUGUUAGUCUGGUACGCCAUGGAUGCAUGGGGCCGACGCUGGGUAACUUGUGGUACCAUGUUGAUGGGAGGAUUAGCCUGUAUUUGCACCAUAUUUAUCCCUAGUGAAAAUGUUUGGGGUCCUGUCAUUCUUUCAAACAUUGGAAAGUUUGGAAUAGCAGCAUCGUUCGCUGUGAUCUAUGUUUAUGCUGGAGAGUUGUUUCCCACAGUUUUGAGAGGCUCAGCCAUGGCCAUAGGAUCUGUCGUAUCCAGUGUGGGUCUUAUUGCAGCCCCACAUAUCCUAUACCUGUCCGAAUUAUAUGGCAGAGUGGUUCCGAUUAUCAUUAUGGGAAUUAUGUCUGUUGCGGGGGCAACAGCAGUCGCAUUUUUGCCAGAAACCUUAAACACUCACUUACCACAAACCGUUAAGGAUGGUGAGGAGUUUGGAAAAAAUUUCAAAUUUUGGAGCUGUGUGAAAAGAAAACCAUCCCAGAAGAAUGAGCAGACGUGUAUCAACCUGGAAUCCCCUCAAGUUGAAAUGCAAAGUCCCUCUGUGUGGAAUACAUCCAAUGAAAGAGGCCCCAAGACUAAAGAAGACUGUCUUACUGACACUUCCAAGUGGUCUUUAACUAACAAACUUGAAAACAAUUCCACGGAAAUCCUUGUUACCUGAAUAGGAAUAGCGUGGAUAAAAACAAAAAACAAAGACUCAUAAGUUUAAGAUUUCUUGUAAAAAUAUCAUCAUUAUAAGAACAAGGCGUGAACGAAAAUUACAACUUCGGCAAUAUAUAAUCAUGUAUUCAGGAACAUCAAUGUAUAUCUGUAUGCCCCUGAAGAAAAAAGGCCCACCUUUCGAAAGCGCUCGGGUUAUAGGGUUUUUAUUCAUAUAUAUAUA